CAGAACUUCCAAACGCUCUCUGUUUUUCUUCUUGUUACCAAUCACUUACAUGGUAUCUAAGAGCCGGUGAGAGCAAAAUGGAGUUCUCCGAAUCACAUACUCCACCUGAUUCACCAACCCACUCAAAUCCCCUUACAAACCCUCCCUCCCGAUAUCUCAAUCUUGCAGAUCCUACAAACCCUUACCGUUUAGAUCACGGUGAUAGUCCUUCAAUCACCCUUGUCGCCGAUCUACUAACUACCGAAAAUUACACAACCUGGUCCCAUGCGAUGAAACGUGCCUUACGAGCUAAGAAUAAGCUAGGUUUCAUCGACGACACUUUAACCAAACCCAGUUUUCCCGCUGAUCCUUUAAUCGACCUCUGGAAUCGGUGCAACGACAUGGUCGUGUCAUGGAUUCAAAACUCCAUCACUACCUCUCUCAAAUCCAGUGUUGCCUUUGUCGACGAUGCCUACAAAAUUUGGAUGGAUCUUCAUGAGCGGCUGUCUCACCAAAAUGGGCCCCGAAUCUUCCAAUUGAAGAAAGCUUUGGCUUCUCUUUCCCAAGAACAUGACUCGGUGUGAUAAAAUGGCGAUGCCUAUUGAUAUCACUCUCCGGCCGUUCAAAAUCUCUGAUGUGGAUGAUUUUAUGGGUUGGGCUGGUGACGAUAAUGUGACGCUCUAUUGUAGAUGGGAUACCUACACCUCUAGGGAUGAUGCUUUGGACUUCUUAGAGGAGGUCAUUAGUUCUCACCCUUGGUAUAGAGCCAUUUGCACUAAUGAUGACCAUCCGAUUGGGUCCAUCUAUGUGAUGCCUGGGGUUGGAAAAGAUCAACGGAGGGGAGAGAUUGGAUAUGCUAUAAGUGCAAAGUACUGGGGAAAAGGCAUUUCAACAAGGGCUGUGAAGCUGGCCAUUUCAUGUGUGUUCAAAGAAAUGAAGUUUCUGGAGAGGGUGGAAGGAUUGGUCUAUGCAGAAAAUAAAGCAUCACAGAGGGUUUUGGAGAAGGCUGGAUUUAUCAAAGAGGGUCUUCUGAAAAAAUAUUUCUUUGUCAAGGGGAAGAGUAGGGAUAUUGUUGUGUAUAGUAGCUUUGUUGACGAGUAUAGAUAGUGUUGCUUGGUAAUUGUGUCAAGGAAUGUGUAGUGAUAUCAUUUGGUGCUAAAACUGUAACCAACUAUUAUUCUAUCAGUGAAGUUUAACGUAAUUUAGCCUCCAAAUAUUUUGUUACUUUAUUUGAAGUACCUAGCCAUCUUUGCAUCUUUUUUAAUGACUUGAUGAUGU